AUGUGUUUACCAGCCCGUCUGACAGUGGUGUUCAUGUGUUUACCAGCCCGUCUGACAGUGGUGUUCAUGUGUUUACCAGCCCGUCUGACAGUGGUGUUCAUGUGUUUACCAGCCCGUCUGACAGUGGUGUUCAUGUGUUUACCAGCCCGUCUGACAGUGGUGUUCAUGUGUUUACCAGCCCGUCUGACAGUGGUGUUCAUGUGUUUACCAGCCCGUCUGACAGUGGUGUUCAUGUGUUUACCAGCCCAUGGGGUUCCAGGAAAUGAGGCGGCAGAUUCAGUGGCCACUUAUAUGACAUGA